UUUCGAACAGCUCCACCAGCAGGAUCCUUUCCUGUGAGCUUGGCAAUUAUCGGAGAUAUCGGACAAUUUCCCCAUUCUGAGGAAACGCUGGCACGCUUGCUGCGAAAUCGCAACGAAAUGGACGCAGUAAUUUUAGCAGGCGAUAUUGCGUACACCAACUACGAUCAUCGCCGCUGGGAUACUUUUUUCGACUUUCUUGACGAUUAUCCUCUCUUUGAGCACAUUCCACUACAAAUUUGUCCUGGAAAUCACGACAUUGACAUGAACGAUGUCGCGAACGAUAUUUUUCAAGCCUACGAACACCGCUUUCGAAUGCCGCGAGUAAAGCCUCCUCAACUUGAGCUGUACGACGGUCCGCACGGCGCGAUGAAUAUGGAUGCACCUCCGUAUCCGUUACCUUACGAAUGGGGCAAUGCAUAUUACUCUUUUACAUACGGUGCCUCGAAAAUGAUCAUGAUCAGUGCUUAUUCGUCAAUGGAACCCGAUUCAAUUCAAUACAAUUGGAUUGUGGAUGAGCUAGAAGCGGUAGAUAGGAGUAUCACACCAUGGGUGAUUGCUGUUAUUCAUACCCCCAUCUACAACACCUUUUCAUUGCAUCAAAAAGAUUUACAAAUUGUUGCCGCAAGACAGCACCUCGAACCGUUACUCGUGGAGCACAGGGUAAAUAUGGUCUUUAGCGGACACAUUCAUGCCUACAUGCGCACAACCACAAUGUCAAACGAGACGUUUCAUCCUCACGGUCCUAUGCACGUCACGGUUGGCGCUGGUGGCCGUAAUUGCGAAGCACCUUUUAAAAAUGAUGAGCCCGAACCGUGGCUGGAAGUCCGUGACGCAACUAUUUACGGCUACGGAAUGCUGCGGAUACAUAACGCCACAGUGGCAGAGUGGGACUGG